UCUCAAGUCUCAACUGGUGUGUGUUUGUGCUGAAGAAAGUGUGCUACGAGAAUGGCGUCGUGAGAUGGCCAUAGAAAGAUGGCUAAACGUUGCCGUUAGAUAGCAUUUCAAAUCAUUGAAGUUGUUGCCAAACGGACACUUAAUCUCAUUUGUCUUGUACAAAUCACGAUUACGAGAAACUUGCCGAAAGUGAUGACAACUGCAGGUUCAGAUGAGUUUAAGUACGGGUUUCCAUCAAAUGCCGGAUUGUCAGUAGUCUCUUAUAAAUGGUGGGGAAGCAAAAGCUGUGAUGGUGGUGGGUAUAAUAAAGAGGAAGAAGAAGACGGUUCCAAAGAAAGAAAGCAACCGUUAGUAGAUGCCAUAGACAAAUCUGAGUUUGAAACAGGUAACGAUAAAACUCAUGGAAGCAAUAAUGCAGAUUCCAUGAGAGGCAGUUUACUUUCUCAGCUGAGAGAAGAAGCUGCCAGAGAAGGGAGAGAAGCCAUGAGUAAGGUUGGAGUCUAUCAGGGGAAUGAUCUGUUCAAGCUAGAAGAUUUUACCAAAAAGAAAGGUGUUUCUUCAACAUUAAUUUGGAGGUCUGGCCUAAAGUGAUUUUAAUUAGCUUUGUGCUCAACAGUUAGGAAUUUAAGAUGCCUGGAGGGAUGAUGACUUUAAUACGGAGUAAUAAUUUUGUAUUUCCCUUAUAUGAAUCUCUUGACCGUAAAUUAACUGCUUUGAUUAGUCUAGUUCUCUAGUUUGUUUUUGUUGAGAAUUUUGAUGGUGCCAU